AAAAGAGACAUGGUAAAUGAGAAUUAAUCAGAAACCGUAAGUGAACACAUCAAUGCAGAUAUGUCGAUAUAUAUCAGAGUGAUAGCUAUUCUCGCUAUAUGUCUUGUUCACAGUCCUGGCUUUACAUCAAGUAAGUGAAAUGUUAUGUAUAUAUGCAAUAAGUUGCAAUAAAUAUCAAAAUAGUUAGUCAAUUAUGCAAUGUAGUAGCUAUUUCAUACUGUAUAUAUAGUUUUGCACCUUUUUGUCAUUUUCUUUUACAUAAUUAUUUUAAAUUUGGUUUAUAUAGUAUUAAAUAGAAACAACUACUUACUUCGAUGUGGCUGGGCAGGGGUCUUGAAUAAAAAACCUGUUAAGGUUUCUGAUAUAUAUACUAUAGGCCCUUAUAUAGAGCCAUAUUAUUGUAUUCAAAAUAUGUAAAUGGAACGUUAUGAUAUUUGGGCAAAAAAUGUACAACAAUUCAAUAGACAGCGUAAGUUAGUAACAAAUAAUCGAGCCUAUAUAUACACGUAUAUAUGAUACGAAGUGGCUCUUGUUUGGAAUUGAUUAUAGAUUAAUGUAAUUCCCUUUCAAUCUAUCUGGCCUUCUGUUUUCAAAGCAAAAAUUACUAAAAAUUGCUGAAGCUUGGUUUCCAUUUAAUUGUAACGGUCAUAUAUCAAGAUGGCCAAUGAAAUAUAGUGUCGAUGUAUAGAUAUUCUACAGAUCCAGAUUAAUUAACAUCACGUGGUCAGUGCUGCAGUGCCAGUGGUUUUGAGGUGCGCGCCACUGGCCACAGCUUCGACUGACGGCUUCAAAAUUCUUUCUCGCGAAAUCUUCUAAUUUCAAACCAAUUAUAAUCUUCUAAUUUCUAAAUUCAAACAAGCACGUUAGUUCCUACUUUAAUUCUCGCCUUCCUAUUCUAUCCCGCUCACACUCUCAUUUCCUUGUUUUCCGGUAUCUGUAGUGUAAUAUAAAGUAUCUUGUAAUAUGGUAACUUAAAUUUAUUCCCACUCUUUGUUUAUUGUGAUUCCACUGAUAAUAUGAAGAUGUUUUGAGACGUAACGUCACUUUCAAUAAAACAUUAAUAUAUGUUUGUGUGUAUGGCUAUAUUUAAAAGCAUGCAUUGGCUGAUUUGGCUCUCAUUUUUAUCUUAAGAGUACGUUUCCCUUCCGGAAAAUCAUAGCUGCAGAACGCGAUUAGGUCAUACAUGCAGUUAUGACCAAAUGGAAACUACAGUCCGGACAAAGCGUUUUUUAUUUGUCCCUAGCUGGCUGCAAGUCUCAUAUGUUCCCACGCAUGCAUGCAAUCUUAUCCUUUGAUCGUGAAGAAAUAUUAUAGAUUUGAAUGUCUUUCUAUAUACAAUAAUGAGUUAAAAACAUGCACUUCACGACCCUUAUCAAAGCCCUUUGAAUUAAGUAAAAGUGUUUAUUGACUUUAUUCGCUAAACAAAGCAUGUUAUUACACUGCCCCCAAAGUGAUCAGUGAUUUAAAAUGGGCAUUGUCUGCUUUAUUAUUGUCACAAAGUUGCAUUUCCACACACACCCAUACAAAGUUACCUAUGAUUACGCCAUGCACCCACCCCAUUCAAAAUAGCAGUCGUUAUGACGUCACAGACACAGAUAUUAUGGCAAAUAUUGUCUUGGAUUGUUACCUUAACUCACGACCUACGAUUACUUUCACAUUUUUUACUUGGUGAUGCAAAAUUCUCAUCAACAAAAAAGCAAAUGUUUGUUAAAACUUUGUCUUGAAUAUUCAUAUAUUCAAGAAUUCACUUGAACCAAUACACAGUUACUAUGAUCGUAUAUCAUAGUCUACCAAGAUAUGAUGGUCUGAAGUGAACAGAAGUCUUUGUAUUAUGUUUUUCUCCGAGUUUAUGUUAAUUUGUGUACGGUCGCGGUGAUUGAGCUCGUUGUAUUUAUUUUCGUAUAAAAAUAUAAAUCGUAUAAUGAAGUAAUCGUCCAAUAGGGAGAGCUGAGAUGAAACGUGCAAUGAAUAAUAUUUAAUGAAGUUGAGACAAAGGAUUUGUGCAUAGUGAGGUACAGUUCAACAUCAAACAAAGCUCUUCUAGUUUGUGACUUUGAAGUUUGCCGGGCUUCCCGACCAUCAUAUCUUGACAGACUAUGAUGAUGUGAAUCUCCUUGGGAAAUUUGCUUUCCUCUUUAUAUUUGCCUGCAUGCAUUUGAAACGUGGGGCCGAGGGGGUAUUUAUGCUGUAAGAGUAUUAAAGUAGUAACCAAAGAGGGUUUAACAGACAAAAACGUUCGGAGGAUUAAAGAUAAUUAUAAUGUGGUUUUUGGAUAAGGGUGCAGUUGCUCAAGUAACAACUUUCUUGCCCUUUGUAUAAACCAACUAGGUGUGAUUCGAAAUUGGCCUACCAUCCACCGACGUUUUUAAGGAGGAACCAGUUAUUCUGCAUCCUUAACUGCUAGCCUGCUACGCACGUUACUGCAUCCCCAUCAACACUUCACUACUAGUCUACUACACCCAAAAGGCCAAAACUGCAGGUUUUGUAUUUUGCUAUACCACAGGGCUACUGUCAACGCCUGAGCUAGCAGGGGUCUUGUUUUUAUAUUGAAAAAAGACUUUUAAAUUGACUCAAGGGCUUGAACAUUUUAUCAUGCAAUGAAAGACUUUAAUACUUGGGCUAUGACAAUGCUAUACGGCACGAAAAAAUGCAGAAGUUUCAACAAAAGAUGAAAGCCUUUUGUUUUCGUUGCUCGUGCACAUACAAGCGCAUGAGACUUGGCAGCCACGCCAUCUUAGUUAGCUGUUCCGCCUGUUCUUAAUAUACUUUCCCAAUAUUAUUAUGUAUUUUAUUUAAUUUAAAACGGAGUUGAAACGCUCAUCAAACCUUUAUUUUGUUAAUCUACUGGUGCUUCAAAUGUCCCCCGUAACUAUGCCCAACUGCCAACUCUCAUAAGUCAACUCUCAUCCUUAAGCCUAUCACAUUUUUUCAUCGAUCGUUGGGAAUUGCGCGCAAAACCCAUAGAAAUAAUAGACAUAUUUCUAUGGCAAAACCGCGUAUGAAAGUAAAUCCUUUUGGAUUUAAUUAGUGAUUAAUUGCUUUUUAGUUAUGCAUGAGUUGUAUGUACGUCUUUCAUAAUGAUGCAUGAACUGCAUGACGGUAAAAAAAUAUGAUUUUGAUUGGCUAUUUUAAAUCGACUCGUAGUUGGUCAUUUUUGCUUGGAAUGAUACAAAAAAGUGUCAUUCAAAAGGUAUAAACGCAUAUAUAUCCUAAUUUUAUUAAUAAUAUAAAACGUUUUGAGUGUACAAAAGCACGCUAAAUUUGGAUGACCUAUUCUUAACACUCGUAGUCAUAUUUAGAACUUGUUCUGUCUCUCCGCAGCCAUCUCUAGGGAUUCGGGUUGGUCGGAAAAAAAUGUUUUGCGAACUACCCAUUCGCAGGCUGAAACCCAUAGAAAUGCCUGCGGAGGAGGCUAGUUCUGUCUGUCUAGUAUUGGGUAUAUUUGAAAAAUUAGUCAAUGGUCAGAGAGCUUAAUUGAAUUUUAUAUCAUUGUGUUAAAGGGUGGCCCACUGGUAAAAAUUUGACAUGAAGGAGUUGGCCAUACGAAAGUUUUAAAAGGCACACGAAAUUCCUUCAGCCCCUUUCAGAUAAAAAAAGAGCGGUCUCUAAAAAUGUUUUGCAUCCGACAAAAAGUCAGUAAUGUGCUGCAAUUAGUGCAUCAUUUCAUUAUGGCUAGUGAGUAAUUAUUUGCUGUAAAUAUUAGAAAUCGUUCGCAUCUGUCUACAUACUUUAUAUUUUUCUAUUUUGCAGGUCAGAUUUCAUUUCCAGCAAAGAUCUUGACAUACUUUGUCAAUGACGAUAUCAAAGCUGGCAAAGAACUCGCCUCACUCAACGUGAAGGUCCGAAAUGGUCCCUCUCCAGUCACUUACAGAAUAAUACCAAGAAGCAAACUGCAAGUUCUAAAAAUUGGUAGCCUAACAGGAAGCAUUACACUCCGAAAAGAUUUCAAGAACUUUGUACGUCUUCGUAGAGACGGCACUAGACGUCUAUUUUUCAAAGUGCUUGGAUGCAAAAAAUUUGGCAAAAGGAGACGUUGUGCCAUCGUCAAUGUUCGCAUCAUAGCAUUACGGGGGAAUUUUGGAGAUAAGUUUGUGGAAGAAGCUUUGAAACAUGUAACACGAGAAAAGCUUGUUAAUCAUAUUUAUAAAGGAAUAACGAACAAGACAAUCACGCCUUCGUUUUUACUGCGAGUUUUUAGAAGAAUUACAAAAACCUCGGAGGAUAUUGCAAUGAUAGACGCAAAACAAGAAAUGUUAUUAGAUUAUGUGAAACGAAAGAUCGUACAAGUACUUUCAUUACGUAAGUUAUGAUACAGUAAAAUUCCGAAAGUAGUGUCCGCGCGUAACGUUAUUUCUAUGAUAUUUAAAAAUAUUUUCCUUCCCUCUAAUGUAUCCCCCCCCCCCACCCCCCAUUAAUUAAUUAAUUGAUGAUCAGGUUAGUGUAGUACUAGCUGUUUAUUCAACAAUCGUCCUCUAGAAAAAAGUUCUAAUAAAAUCAAAUUAACGUGGUGAAUCACUCCACUUCUGCUGGAGAACGGGGAUCCUAAAAGUAGCAAGCCCCGAGAAAAUACUAGUCUCCAGAAAAUACUAGCCACCAACGGCUGCAAAAUUCGAGAGUAUAGGGGUGGGCAUUAAUUCAGGGCCGUCCUCAGGAAAUUCUUCAGGGGGGUGUUAAUAAGGCCAAUUCAACCGACUGGUUCAAAAAAAUUUUUCCGGAUCAGAAAUUUUUGGUCGACCUUCCCCCCCCCCCGUCGCCAAAAAAAUUUCGGACAGUGUACCAUUUUAGGGGUCCAAAAAUUUUUCCGGACAUACAAAAAUUUUCCGAACAUAACAAAUUUUCAACAUUUUGUUACAUUUUUCCGAAAUUUUUACAUUUUUCAUCAAAAUUUUCCUAAAAUUCCCACCACGUUCUUGCCCUUUGCGCCAAAAAUAUUUAACCCAAAUAGCAGUUCUACCGACUCAAUAGCAGUCCUACCGACUGAAUAGCAGUCCUGCCGACUGAAUACAAUUACUGGGGGGGUGUCACACCCCCCCGUAGCUCCGGCCCUGGGCAUUAUUUUCGAAUUCUACAGUAACGUAAAUAACAGAGUUUUAUUGGAUCAGGGACGUCUUCACAGUGGCGUAGCGUUAUAUCAGGGGGCCCCCGGUUCAAAAUUUUUGAAGGUCCCUAGUACAAGUGCCGAAGGCACAAUUCAAGCGCCAUAUAUGCACGAGUUUUCUAGGGGGUCCAGAGCAUGCUCACCCGGAAAAUUUUUGAAUCUGGCCUUUCUGAAAUACCAUUUUCCGGACUUUGGGGAGAGAUUUUACAGAAUUCUGAUGGUUAGAAAACGACAUUGUAACAUACCAGAGGCCCUGGCCAAUGUUUUUGCUCUAUAGCCUGCAGCCUGGGGGCCCCCAUUAGGAUUGGGGGCCCCCGGUCCAAGCCCAUAGUACAGUACGCCACUGCGUCUUCAACACUACCUGUAUUUGAACUUCAACUUUAAAAUUCAACUUAAGUGUGAUUUUGUGCCUGAAAAAUACCACAGUUCAAACUUCCUGCCUACACGCCUAGAUCAUCAUCAGUGAAAUUAAUAACUCGAUAUGUUUUUGCUCGCUACUCUGGUUUAUAUAAAUGAAUACAAAGCCAAGUCGAAUUGUAAUCAAGACCCAACGUUUUGACACUCCAGUCUAGUGUCUUCAUCAGCUAGGGGUGAUCUAAAGUUGCAAUGUCGCUUCCUAAAUACCCAAGAGAUGACGUAAUCUGCCAAUAAGAUGCAUGUAUUCCUUUGGCAAAUAGGCACUCGCAUUUAAUAACUCAUAUUUAUUAUCAUUUUAAUAUUUACAUUUCUGAAACUCCCUCAAUAGGAAAAGUAGGAAAGUCGUUACCUUUUAAAAACGGAGGCCAACCUCAUUAUGAGCGUCUUUGUUAUUUUCAGCUUCAAAAGGAAACAUCAACUUUGAUUGCCUACACAUCGAGAAGCUGUUUUCUUUGCACAAAAUCGAGAGAUUAUUGAAUCCAGAAACAUGUAAAUCCGCCAAGGAGAAAGCUCACACACUAUUCUGUUACCACAAAUACCGUACCUAUGAUGGCACAUGUAACAACCUUCACCACAGACACUGGGGUUCGGCUGAUAGCAAGUUAGAGAGAAUGGUCGAGGCAGACUACGCUGACCCUGACAAGCUAUUUCUUCCAAAGGGUUCUCCUGAUGAGUUUUAUAAAAGUCACCUUCCACAAGCCAGCCUUGUCGCUCAUACUUUCAUUGGCUCACAGACUCACUCCAUGCGUUCACAUCAACCGUAUUCACACGCAAUCAUGCAAUGGGGACAAUUCUUAGAUCAUGAUAUAGAUCUGAGUCCCGAAAGCGAGGCAGCAGACAAAUGUGAACACUUACCGUAAGUAAUUACGUGUGUUGAUUUGUGCACAACAUAUGAUACACCACAACAAAAAUAUUGGAAUUUUAAAUGCAUAGGCGAGUAGAGAGAAGGGGUUGGGGGCUGCAAAGUCUGGCGAUUGUACUUAAAAAUAUACAUACAUACAUACAUGUAUUAUUCAGUUCACUCAUGUAUUACGCUUACUUCUAUUACUCCUACUUAGCCUAAUUAUCUUUACAACAAUUGUGAUAUUACUUUCCCAACUAUGUUUAUCCUAACCAACCCUGUUAACUUUCCCUGCAUGUGGGAGGAAACCAGAGCGCUCGGAGAAAACCCACGACUUUCGGCAGAGCGUCGACUGACUCUUUUCACAUGGGCGCGUAGUGAGAAUCGAACCCACGUUCUCAGAGGUGAAAGGCGUUUACUCUGACCACUGCGCCACCAAAGCCCUUAUUUGUCUGGAUCACGGAACGGAUGCAUAUAAAAUGAAGAGGCCAUAUUGGUGUUACCACCGUAAGUAUAGCGGACAUAACAAGUUCUUGAUUACGUUUCUGGUGGUUGGUAGAAAUAUAUAGAAAAUAUUGCCUAGAGUCGAGCGAAAUCGGUUAUUAGUGGCCUCUCCUUAAGCCCCGUUUACACGACAGUCAUUUUGGGUACGGCACGCUUAAAUUUUGGCACGCGGACCCAUGCAUUUUGGUCCGCCUGUUGCGUUUACACGACGAAAUUUUUGUUCUAAAACUUUUGGGUUCGGCACGCUUAAACUGGGAACGGCACUCUUACAUUCAGAGUCAAAACCUUGACUUCAUGACAUGAAAUAUCUGAUCUAUUCAGACAUAACUUUUUGGUGUGGCAAAAAGUGUAUUAAACUUUAUUUCGAGCAUUAAAUUAACAUUUCAUUUUUACCAAUUUUCUCAGCUUUUUCCCGAGUAAAAUAAGCAGAAACUAUAUUUUUAUUGAGAUAGUUAAGUUUUUCGAAAAUUUGUAAUAAAGUAUUUCCAGACAAUUAUUAACAUUUUCGUAAAAAAUACAAAGUUUGUGCAUUUCCAUGCAUGAAUGUAUUUUUUCAACUGUAAGUUUAUAAAUUCAUAUAAACCUAGCAAAUUCUGUACUUGUUGGUGCUUGAAAAGCCAUUGUAUGAAAGUGUUUUAAUUUUCUAAGCUAUACAGGGUGUAUAAAAAAAAACUGAACAGAUUUGAAAUUGCUCUCAAUUUCGCAAAACACCUAUUUCUAUCUGGUUUUUGAUAUAUAUAGCUUCUUUGGGUACUUAUAAUGUAAAAUAUUGAAAAAAAUUUCUCGAUCUCAAAUUUUGUGAACCAGGGGGGUGUGUCUUUUCCAACAAACUAAAAAUGGCUCGCGCACAAAAUUUAAAAGCUGUAAUCAUAUUUUGAGUUUAUAGAUUGAAAAUUUGUCGGGUUUUUAAUUACUGUACAAAAUUUCAGACAAUUUGGUUUAGUUUAAGCCGUUUAACUACUCAUUUUGUUCUAAAAAGUCAGCCUUUCGCAUGCUUAAUUAUGCCUUUACCUAAUUUGCAUAUUGCUGACAUAUGCAAAUUAGGCAAAUGCAUUAAUUAAGCAUGCAAAUAGCUGAUUUUUCGGGAAAAUUGUAACUUUGCGUGAAUACUUAAGGGGCUUAAACUAAACCAAAUUGUCUGAAAUUUUGUACAGUAAUUAAAAUCCCGACAAAUUUUCCAUCUGUUAACUCAAAAUAUGAUUGCAGAUUUUAAAUUUUGUGCGCGAGCCAUUUUUAGUUUGUUGGAAAAGACACCCCCCCCUGGUUCACAAAAUUUAAGUUCGAGAAAUUUUUUUCAUUAUUUUACAUUAUAAGUACCCAAAGAAGCUAUAUAUAUAAAAAAACAGCUACAAAUAGCUGUUUUGCGAAAUUGAGAGCAAUUUUAAAUCUGUUCAGUUUUUUUUUAUACACCCUGUAGAUCAUGAUAUUUCAUUGACCUUCAUGGCGAUAAACAACUUUGUAAUGAAGCAAUAAAUUCAUAUUAUAAAAAUAUAGGAUGCCAUUUUGAAAGCGUGCACAGUGCGAACAAGAAACACUGCGUCUUUGAAUUGGCAACACUUGUCUGGCUGACAUGCAAGCAGCGACAACAGUUUAACUUCAGAAUACUUAAACUGAUAAUCAGAUAUUCUGUUUUAUUUCGUUGAAAAUUAAUUUAUACUACAACAAUGAUUCGCUGCAGGCUCACUGCAUGAUUAUGGUUUAUGCGUUUACACGACAAAAAUUAAGAGUGCCGUGCCCAAAAAAAUGGGUCCGCGUGCCAAAAUUUAAGCGUGCCGUGCCCAAAAUGACUGUCGUGUAAACGGGGCUUUAGUCACCGAAGGCGAGGUGAUUUAUACAAGCCUACAUAUAUAUAAAUAUAGGCUUGUAAUCGCCGAGCCCGAGGCGACUAAUUGUUUUAGUAUAAUUUCAGUAUUGAAAUAAUUUUAUUUAUAAAUACAACUAAUACAGUAUAUUUUAUUAAUAUAAUUUGCAUAAAUAAUUUACUUCCGUCUGAUUUCCAGCCAUUAUUUUUUUGGGGAAAAGCAAUAGCUACUGCUCAGAGCAGUCUGAGCAGUAACUAUUGCCUCAGAGUUGCUCCCUGCUGAGGGAGCCAAUCAGAAUGCUCAAAGGCCAUUUUUCAAUACUGAAAUUAUACCAAAACUCAUCAGAAGAGGCGUGGGAAGCUAUAUCUUCCCAGUUACGUAGAAGAAGACAUUGGCUUGAUAGUGUAACUAAUUUAAACACGUAACGAUUUAUUCGUAGGGAAUGUGACAGAUUUAAAAAUCUCUCCUCAUUUUAAAUACUAUAAAUAUUCGGGCUUCAAAAUUAAUUCCCUGACGCUAUACAAAUACACACCGACACCGUGGUUGCAUACAGUAGACCGCCCAGCACGACAUACACUGCUUUAACACAGGAGCGGACAAAUUCGAAACCACAAGCAAUAGUCUAAUUUCACCCAAUUCCAUUUAUUUACCCUGGAGUUCGUCCAGUCCGUUAGCUGUGUUCGAAUUCGUCCGGUCUCAUGCGCUCCAUAUAAACUCGAAAGGCCGAAAUCAAGUAAGUUAAGCCAAGUUUCAGUACGGUUUGGAAUUCAUUUGGUUCUUAGCCAGCUUUUUUAGAGUUCGCGGUUCUGUGUGAACGGAGCAUAAUAUUUCGACUUCUUUAAUCAUUUCUAUUUUCAGGUGUGAUAGUUCAAGGCGAAUAAGUGUUCCACCAUGUUUUCCAAUCGUUCAUGCCAAGAACUCGACGCGAUGCAUUAAGAUGACGAGAUCUGCUGCAGUGUGUCAAUCAGAUGCCGCAGAUUUACAACCAAGAGAACAGAUCAAUGUUCUAACUGCAUUUAUUGAUGGAUCACAAAUAUAUGGAUCUUCUGAGGCUCUGGCUAAGAAAUUACGAACUGGUAUGUUAAUUGUAUUCAGGGUGUUGGUAGACUUGAAGGUUUAUUUAAAGUCUCUUUCACUUAGCGUUUUCAGUCAGUCUAGAUAAUAGCGUAGGCGUGGUUUUAGGAAUUAAUACACCAGUUCAUAAAGUUUACAGCGGAGGCUAGGUAGUGUGAUGUUUUGUGUGUCUAACUAAAGCCUCGUUGUACUGACGUAACAAGCAACCGUAAGACAAUAAGAAAUAACAAAUUAAGCAAAACAAAGAAAUGAAUUAAUGAAGUAAACGACAUAAAUUUCCACAUAACUACAAGCCGGCAUAAAGCUCUUAACAUGAGCUCGGGCUGAAGAAAAUUAAAUUCAAAGAAAAUUCUACCCAUGGGCACAGUAUAGUUUGCCCGAACAGGCAAACUAAACAUUAAUAUUUCUCCCCAAAAUUUUUGGCGAGGGGGGGAGGUCACUCAAAAAAUUUUUCCGGACAUACCGAAAACUUGUCUGCAAACAUAAAACAUGACGAAAAUUUUCCCUAACUUCACGUAAUUUUCACAAAUAUACAAAAAAAUUUUCAGGACAUAUCGUAAUUUUCCCGAAAUUUUAAUGUUUUGCCUGAAUAUCCCAUUGAUUUUUGCCCGGUAGUAAAAUUUUUUUUUUGGGAUACGCCUAUGAUUCUUCAUACUUUAUACAUUAUUUUUGUAAAUCACAAUUAGCGAAAGCACGAUUUAUUCUCUCGUGGCAAUUGAAAACCAGGUUUAGUUACAAGGUGACUGCCUAUCGUGCGACUGACCCACUGCUCUUAAAUUACAUCAACGGUGAUUGUGGUGCACCGCAUGAGAAAAAAGUUGCUCUUAUUCCUACAAAGACGCGCCUUUUAUAGUCCACAAUGCAAAAUUGGUGUGUUCCCUGUUAUACAUAAUACAAAAUAAAUAUAUAAACCAAUGACAUCGACCAGAGUAGUGUGGGUAAGAGCUAACUGUUGUAUUGUGUUAUAUUUCUAGGUAAAGAUGGACUACUUCGCAUGACAAAUAACAACUUACUAAUACUAGAUGUAGAAAGCGAUGCUAGUGCAUUGUGUACCGAUAGCGGUGGCUGCUUUAUCUCUGGGGACACACGUGUCAAUGAACAAAUGAGUUUGGCGAGCAUGCAUACACUCUUCAAUCGAGAACAUAACAGAAUUGCUGGAAUUCUAAGGCAUAUAAAUCACCAUUGGGACGAUGAAAAAUUAUACCAGGAAACUCGGAAAAUUGUUGGUGGAAUUUUACAGAAGAUAAGUUAUGAAGACUAUUUGCCAAAAAUUCUUGGAAAUGAUGGCGUGUUACCGUUCCAAGGUUAUCAAUACGAUCUGAAUCCUGGAAUUCUUAACGAGUUUUCAACUGCAGCGUACAGAUUUGGUCAUAGUUUGAUCAGACCGUAUUUUGAUGUUCUUGACAAGGGAUAUAAUCCUGUACGAGCACCAAUACCAUUGAAAGAAAUGUUCUUUAAUAACGUUUUUAUACAAAAAUAUGGAAUUGAACCAAUCUUGUUAGGUCUGCUUGCAAACACUUCUCAAAACGUUGAUCCAUUCCUAGCUGAAGGCCUCACAAAACAUUUGUUUGAAAGAGAGAAUAUAGUUGGACUAAAUCUAGCUUCUCUUAACAUUCAGCGUGGGCGAGACCAUGGACUAUCUGGGUAUAACACAUAUCGGAAACUUUGUGGAAUGAAAUCUGCUGAAACAUUUGAUGAUGUUGCCUUAGAAAUAAAGAAUGCGAAGUACAGAGACGUUCUGAAGAAACUCUAUAAAACUCCAGAUAAAGUUGACCUGUGGAUUGCAGGAUUAGCUGAGGACCCGCUACCUGACUCCGAAGUUGGACCGACAUUCCACUGUAUCCUCAGUAAACAAUUCAGAAAUCUUCGAGAUGGCGAUCGCUUUUACUAUGAAGAGAAAGAUGUGUUUACUAAAGAACAAUUAAGAGAAAUAAAGAAAGUGACGUUAUCUCAAAUUAUGUGUCAUAACCUUAAAGAUAUUGUUUCCAUUCAAAAAGAUGCAUUCAUUGCUCCAACAUGUCAGGAGGCUCGAGUGUCUUGUGAUAAUAUUCUGCAACAUUCUAUCAACUUGGAGGCUUGGACAGGUAACAUCGUUGUAUUUUUCAGUUUGACGCUGGAUAACUCUAUCAGAACUGGAUAACUCUAUCAGAACAGUAUCUGAACUGUUCUCCUUCGAGGUCCAGUAAGCACUCGGCCUAUUGGCUCAGUGUUAAUUCUCGGAGUACCCUUACAUUCUCUCACUACUCAAUCUCCCAUCAUGCAUUUCUUUGUACGUCAUAACUAUAGUUGCCGCUCCAUUUCACACAAUCCUAUGUGAUGAACAUUUCCCCAUAUCAAUCUGGUACAUACACAAUCACUACCUAACCUCAUGUUUAACAAUAAGUACGCCAUUAUUUUAGAUCUUGCCCCAUGCUAUUCGAACCCAUGUGAGCAUGGUGGUCAUUGUGUUCCUAUUGAUGGAGGAAAAAAUUAUCAUUGUUACUGUGGAGCAUACUGGACUGGCGACAGAUGUCAAUGUAAGUACAUUGAGUUGAGACUACUCACCUAAACUUAAUCCCAAACCUAGACCUAAUCCACUAAUUAACAAUUAUUGAAUAAGCAAAUCUGAGCACGAUAUGAAGAAAUUUGUGUUACCUGCCGAAGCUGAAAGCUGAGGAGAAUAACACAAACAGUGACCGUGACAGUUCUUCAUAUCUUGUGAAAAACGAUAUAUGUCAAUAAUUGUUUUAUUUUUAUUAUGGUUCGGCAACCCGAUCGUUUGUGAUCAUCCGUCAAUGCGAACCUAAUGGCGUUUAGGCGAACUUGCGAAUGUAGUUCAAAUGACCGUCUAUCUGUAAUUUAUUGGAUAGUUUGUCUUUUACCUUGCAAACAUGUUGAAAUAUUUUAACGUCAUUUUGAUAAGCUUAUCCAAAUUGAAACACUGUUCAAAGGAAUAUCUGAACAAUGUUGGGUUGGAUUCUUUAGUCUAAGCCGGAGCAGUUGUUGGGCACUUGUGCACAUAUAAUAACGCCCUUCUCUUAAUUUUAUCCAGAUCCAGAAAAUCCAUGCAACCCUUCAACAUGUAUCGAUCCUACAGGCAUGUGGUGCAGAUCUGAACUGAGAGGAACCUUAUUUUAUUGUUCAUGUGAUUUCUUUCAAACGUGUAAAAGUAAGUUGUUGUUUAAAUUGUUUCUUCGUACAUGACAAAUCGCAGCGUGUAAACGUACCUUCACAAACUACUUAUCCCCCGAGUAACAAUAACUAACAAUAACAAUAACAAUAACUCAAACAACAACAAAACAAUAACAAUAACUUAACAAUAACUUAACAGGUAACAAUAACUCUCAAGUUUCAAUAUACAGGGUGUAUAAAAAAACCCUGCACAGAUUUGAAAUUGCUUUUAAAUUCGCAAAACAGCUACAGUAUUAGUAUCCAGUUUUUGAUGUAUAUAGCUUCUUUGGGUACUUAUAAUGUAGAAAAAUGGAAAAAAAAUUCUCGAACUCAAAUUUUGUAAACCAGGGUGUUUUUCCAACAAACUAAAAAUGGCUUGCGCACGAAAUUUAAAAGCUUUAAUCAUAUUUUGAGUUGAUAGAUGGAACAUUUGUUGGGUUUUUAAUUACUAUACAAAAUGUCAGACAAUUUGCUUUAGUUUAAGCCCUUAAACUAUUCAUUUUUCUCUAAAAAAUUAGCCUUUCGCAUGCUUAAUUAAUGCCUUUACCUAAUUUACAUAUUGCUGACAUAUGCAAAUUAGGCAAAGGCAUUGAUUAGCAUGCAAAUGGUGAUUUUUUAAGAAAAAAUGUAAGUUUGCGUGAAUGGUUAAAGGGCGUAAACUGAAACAAAUUAUCUGAAAUUUUGUACAGUAAUUAAACACCCAACAAACUUUCCAUCUGUUAACUUAAAAUAUGAUUAAAGCUUUCAAAUUUCGUGCGCAAGCCAUUUUUAUUUUGUUGGAAAAGACACACACCCCUGGUUUACAAAAUUUGAGUUCGAGAAAUUUUUUCCAUUUUUCUACCAAAUAAGCUAUAUACAUAAAACACUGGAUACUAAUAGCUGUUUUGCAAAUUUAAGAGCAAAUUUUAAAUCUGUGCAGUUUUUUUUUUAUACACCCUGUAUUAUUUCAAUGGUAAAUAUACGCACUGACUUAAAAAUAUGGUAGUUUUGUUCACAAUUAACUCUGCUUACACUUGCGAUCCAACUAACCCAGGAUAUUUCUCUUGCUAAUGCAAGUGUAUAAGGGUAGAUGAGGUUUGGACGUACCCAACAAUCAAGGUUUGCAAUGACAACCCCUUUUGCGGGCAAUCUUGCUCACUUAUCUGCCUGUGUCAGGAGACUCGCAAUAAUAAAAAAUCAUCCGAGGACCCCUGAUUUUAAAACAUUUCUCCUUUCAGCCCCGGAGUAAUCUCGUAUCCAGAAUAUGCCCGUUCGCAGGUUAAGUAGGCCAAUAAGUAAUAUGCGAUACUUACAGUUACUCAUUUCCUUGUAAUUCCAGAACGUGAUUUUUGCAAAGACAGUCCAUGUCCAACAGGCUACAAAUGCAGCAACGAAUCUGAUAAUUAUCAUGGUGGCUACAGUUGCGAAAGAAUUAAUCUUGAUAAAUUAUAUUAAUACAUUUAACAACAUUCAUCACAAGAAAAAAUAUUUGAUAUGCGUAUACAAACAUCCCGUGUUUAGAUGACAGUAAAAACGUCGUGAUCUUAUAUUUCUAGUUGAAACUUGAAUUUUCUUACUUUACUCAUCAGAGGAACGGUUGUUCGAAAGCCGAUUACCUUUAUCCUAGGUUAACUUAAAAUUCAAAGCAAACUUCCUGACAGCUUGUCUAUAAAUUUGGAAAUAUUUCUUCAGAUAUCUUGUCUGGAUCGAUGGAAGUUUAGGUGUAAAAAAAAUACCUGUGGUUCCGGUUCCCGACCGACCCUAUUUUUUUCUGCCGACCCUAUUAUUUUUUCAACGCGAUUGACCGUGCGACCCUAUUUUCUCCGGGUGGUUGCAGGCUGCUGCCAAAAUGGCGUCUGUUGUCACACUAAUUAUUGAAAAAACCAUGAAAAAAUAUUAAAAAAAAAAUUUCCGACCUAUACCGACUCUAAUUUUUUUCGCGAUAUGAAACUGGAACCACAGGUAUUUUUUUUACGCCUUACUUCUCUAAGUUUUGAAAUAAACAGACGUGCAGAAAUACACAAACUAAAACGGCGGGUUAAAUUUUAACCAUGCAGGGUUAGCGCUAAACUACCUUUGAGGUUAGCGUUAAACCACCGGCCCCAGGACAUUUCACAAUUAAUAUCAAUGGAGAAUGAAUUUGUCUGAGUUUUGACUAAUUCACAUAGCUAAUGUAAAGCUGUAAAGUAAAAAUUCCUAUUAUUUUUGUAAUUAAGAUAGAAUUAUAUACGUGAAAAAUUUGUAAUAUAGACCAAUAAAAUACUUUAACAACUA